UUUCAAAAGGCAACAGCCCCUCAAGUACUACUACUAAUACCUUCUCUCCUUCCAGACAAAGUAGUCGUGUAUAUUUUGAAGUUAAAAAGUAAUCUUUUUGUGUUUGACAGUGUUCAUUUAGUGUUACUCAACUACAACUACAGAUUAUUUAAAAAGUAGAGUCAAGGCAUAAGGUUUGUGAAGAGAUUGAAGAAACGUGUCAGAUUUACAAUGGCCUUACGUUUUCCAGCCAGAUAUUUUAGUUUAUAUGGAAUAAGAAUAAAUCAGGGGCAUCCAGUUUGUUUGGUUCUUGAUGCCUAUAAUUGUGCUAGUAUGGGUUGGUAUUCAAGUAAAAGGACUGUAAAAAUAUCUGGAAAAGGAAAGAUUUCCAAGGAUGCAAGAAUCAGUGAUGAACAAGAUUCUCAUAAUUCAGAGACUCACACUUUAUGGGAAAACUUGGACUCCUCUGACUAUUCAUGUUUUGCAGAGAAAUAUAGAGAAAAUUCUGAAAGUAAAGACAUUGAAACCAAUGAGAUACAAGUUGUACCUGUCAAUGAAGUUUUAAAAGACCUGUUAAUCGAUAGAGGUUUUAAUGCUGCUAAGUGUACGAAUUCUGAAGAAGUUUUUCCAAGCUCAUUUGAUCAAGAUAAAAGAACAAAACCCAAAGACCUGGCAGAAACACACACAAGUAAUCUAAAAGCCAUAAAGUUUAGAUCAAAGUAUCCAUUUACAAAAAGCAAAACCAGUAAUAUUAUUGCCAACAGAAGGAAAAUUAUUUUAGUGGAAAAAGGUGAAAGUAUUAAUUUCACCAAAAUUGCCAACAAUAUAGGCAAGAAAAAUUUUACAAAUACUGGUUCAUUUCAUAAAGGUACAGCUAGAGGUACCUCAUCUGAAAAUAUUUAUGGUGCUCUUAAACAAAUGAAUAUGUUAAAACAUAAUAAUAAUCCUUCCAAAACUUUGGAUAUGUCUGAAGAAAUAUUUGUGGAGGAAUCAAAACUUCGUAGGAAUUGCUUGGGAAUUCAGAUGCUUUCACCUUCCUUAUUUAACCAGAUCUUUAGUAAAGUUCCUCCUAAACAGCCAAAAGAACAGCAGGAAGAUUUUCUUCGUAGUAAAAUGCAUCUUGAAGAUCAAAGUUUGUGGGGCAAAGAACCAUCUGUGUUGCCAGAAAGUGAUUUUCUUAUACCGCCAAUAAAAGGCUCAAAUCUUGAAGAGCAUUUCCAUUAUAUUGCAGAAGAACAGUGUAAGCCUUAUAAAGAGCUGCUCAAUAAACUUCUACAAGGCACUCUUCCCAGUUUUCCAGACCAUUGGCAGUUUACUCCUGGUUGGACCCAGUAUAACGCUGAUGGAACUUUUUCCUCUGUGGAUUUCCCAAGUUGCCGUGCACUAGUGUUUGACGUAGAAGUAUGUGUUAAGGAAGGUGGUCAUCCUACAUUAGCAGCAGCAGUAUCUGAUAAACAUUGGUAUUCAUGGUGCAGUGAUUACCUCAUUUCUAACUGUGAAAAGAAUGGUGAAGUUACUGUAGAUGAUUUAAUCCCAUUGGGGAGUUCCUAUAAUUUUAAGACAAAAUUGAGGGACGACGAAAAUGAGUGUGUACCUCGUGUGGUCGUAGGGCAUAACGUUAGCUAUGAUCGCUUGAGGGUUAGUGAUCAGUAUCAGUUGAAAAGCUCGUUAUUAAGGUUUGUGGAUACUAUGUCUUUACAUAUUGCUGUGAGUGGGUUAGUGUCAGAACAAAGAGCGCUGAUGAUGAAAAACAAAGCAAGUGAAACGAAGAUAAGACUCCCAUGGAUGUCUGUUGGAUGUCAAAAUAAUCUCAGUGAUGUAUAUAAAUUUUAUUGUAAAGAUGAUCUUGCAAAAGACCCUCGUGACGUUUUUGUGAAAGGAACAUUAUUAGAUGUGCGUAAUGACUUCCAGAAUUUAAUGAGCUAUUGUGCUAAUGAUGUUAAAGCCACCUUUUUGGUUUUGAAAAGCUUGCUUCCAUUAUUUUUUAAGAGAUUUCCUCAUCCUGUGACCUUUUCAGGAAUGUUGGAAAUGGGGUCAGCAUUCCUUCCUGUCACAGAAAAUUGGACAAAAUAUGUCAGUGCAGCAGAAGGAAAAUAUCAUGAACUUGAAAGGUUACUAAAUGAAGAGUUAGUGAGGCAAGCUCAAGAGUCUUUAGCAUUAAGAGAAAGUGACAGAUACAAGAGAGACCCAUGGUUAUGGAAUCUUGAUUGGUCUACUCCAAAGGGAAGAGUGAAAAUGUUACCUGGUUAUCCAAAUUGGUAUCGCAAGCUCUGCGCUCAAACUGGGGAGCGAGAAGGUACUCCUGAGCCAGAGAAUAUGAGUACCAGCCUACAGAUUGUACCAAAGAUACUUAAACUAACUUGGGAAGGUUUCCCUCUUCAUUAUGAGAGAAGAUAUGGUUGGGGGUACCUUAAACCCGUGUUUGAAAAUUAUACACAAUUUCAGUCCUCUCAUAGUGCCUCCCAUGAAGUCUCUCAGGAUAAGGAGCAAAAUAAAGUAGAAUUUCCAAUUGAUGUGCUUUAUGAAAUUUGUUCUGAUAAAAAUAAUGUGAGAACAGUAACUCUGGAUGAAGUCAUUCAAGAUCGAGAAAAACGACGUUUGGAUUCUCCAGAAACAGAAGAGGAUUGGCAGUUAGUGUUAGGAGAGAGUCUUUCUCCAGAUAAAGAUAAAAGAGGGAGGCAUAGCACAUCUAAGAACCAAAAUUUGGAAGGGAGGUCUUAUGACAUAGGCAUACCUGGAGUAGUUUUUGUACCACUACCUCAUAAAGAUGGACCUGGAAAUCGUGUUGGCAACCCUUUAGCAAAAGAUUUUUUGAAUAAGAUUGAAGAUAACACUUUGAGCAGCUAUCAUGGUGGCAUAGCAAAGGCUGUUUUAGAAACAAACAAGAUGUUAUCUUAUUGGAAAAAUAAUAGGGAUCGAAUUCUGUCACAAAUGGUUGUUUGGGAUCGCAAACAGGAGCUGGAGGAUUGUGACUCUGCGUCAGAUGAAGUGAGUACAAGGCAGACUGGUAUUAUUUUACCAUUGGUUGUCACUGCUGGAACAAUUACAAGAAGAGCUGUUGAACGUACCUGGAUGACUGCAUCUAAUGCUUAUAGUGAUCGUAUAGGUUCAGAACUUAAGGCAAUGAUUGAAGCUCCUCCAGGUUACAAGUUUGUGGGUGCAGAUGUAGAUUCUCAAGAACUUUGGAUCGCAGCAGUGCUUGGGGAUGCAUAUUUUUCAAGUGAGCAUGGAGCAACUGCUUUUGGAUGGAUGACUCUGCAAGGAAAAAAGUCUGAUGGAUCAGACAUGCACAGUCGUACUGCAGAAAUGGCAGGAAUAUCACGUGAUCAUGCAAAGGUUAUAAAUUAUGGGAGAAUUUAUGGAGCUGGUGUCAAGUUUAUUCAGCGGCUACUCAAGCAGUUUAAUCACAAGCUCUCUGAUGAGGAUGCUCAAAAACGUGCAACAUCGUUAUUCGAAGCUACCAAGGGAAAGAAGGGAUGGCUGCUAAGUGAUAAAGGAGAGGAAUUAGCUUCUGAAAUACUGUACCCUUAUAAUGGAGAAGCUAUGUCUAGGAAAGAAGUGAAUGCACUGUUAAGAAAAGCUGAGCAGUGUGGAAUAGAGGCUACUUUUGAUGAGGUUAUAGAUGGAUCACCUGUUUGGGUUGGUGGCUCUGAGUCUCACAUGUUCAACUGCCUUGAAGCUAUUGCCAGAUCAGACACUCCAAGAACCCCUGCAUUGGGAGCUCGCAUAACCCGGGCCCUCGAACCUAAAUUUGUAGAUGACCAAUUUAUGACUAGCAGAGUUAACUGGGUUGUUCAGAGCUCAGCUGUCGAUUACUUACACUUAAUGUUAGUGUCAAUGAAGUGGCUUUUCGAGAAAUAUAACAUUACAGGCCGGUUUUGCAUCAGUAUCCAUGAUGAGGUUCGAUAUAUGGUGUCUGAAGAGGAUUGUUAUAGAGCUGCCUUAGCACUUCAGAUUACAAAUCUUCUUACUCGCUCUUUGUUUGCAAUCAGAUUAGGCUUUAAGGAUCUGCCACAAUCAGUUGCCUUUUUCAGCAGUGUAGAUAUAGAUCAGGUUUUGAGGAAAGAACCCCAUUUGGAUUGUGUGACGCCAUCAAACCCAGAUGGUCUCCGGAAAGGCUAUGGAAUUCCACCUGGUGAAUCCCUUGAUAUUGAAAGGAUUUUAGAAAUCACCCAAGGAAGACUGGAUAAAACAGAUAAACAAGAGUUUAGUGAGGAUACUUGAGGUUUGUAUGAAAAUAGAGCUUCUAACAUUUAGUGCUCACUACUUUUACAUAAAAUACCAUCUAUAUAUAUAAAUAUAUAUAUAUAUUAUCUGAAGUAUGUACCAAAAAGCUUAUAGUGAUAAGGUUAUAAGAUCUCUAUGAAAUAUAUUUUUG